AUGUCUACAAUAAAAGAGUGGUUAGAUGAUGCCAUAAAAAAUGAACAUAUAAAUCUUUACGAGUAUGACUCUUUUGUUGAUUUUGAACUGAUCGGGAAGGGUGCUUGUGGUAGAGUGUUUCGUGCUAGAUCUACUCGCUAUCAUAAAACAAUGGCUUUAAAAGAACUUAAAAAUGUGUCAUACGACCUACUUGUCAACGAAUUGAAACAACAUCGAAAGGUUGAAUCACACGAUAAUAUAAUACGUCAAUAUAUAUUAGUAGUUGAAUAUGCUGAUAGUGGUACCCUUCGUAGUUAUUUAAAAAAGAAUCAAUUAUCUUGGGAUGUUAAAUUAAAACUUGGUAAACAAAUUGUCAGCGCAGUAGCAUGUUUACAUGAUAAUAAAAUAGUUCAUAGAGAUUUAGUAAAAAAUAUUUUAAUUCAUUCCGGAGUCGCAAAGCUUAGUGAUUUUGGUAUUGCAAAACGUGUGAUAGAUCCCACAAGUUCAUUAGUUAAAAGUUUGGGCUCUGUUGAAUAUUCUGAUCCACAAUAUUUGAAAAAUCAAACCUAUAGUCGUAAUAGUAAGUCAGACACUUAUAGUGUUGGAGUUUUAUUAUGGGAAAUAUCAAGUGGCAGGGUUCCUUUCGAAUCAGUACCUCGUGACUAUGCGCUUGUAUACUCAAUUAUUGAGGGUACUAGAGAAAAAAUAAUCAAAGGAACCCCUAAAAAAUAUGUUGAUGUUUAUAAAGAUUGUUGGAAUGAUGAUCCGAAGAAAAGACCCUAUUUAAUUAAGGUUCUAGAAGAAUUGGAAAAGGUUGAUAUCAAUGUUUUGACUGACGAUGAUUCAUCAGAAAUCAAUAAAAACCCUGGCGGGUAUACAAAUGAUAACGAUAAUUCACAAACUAAAACCUCCAAUUCAGAAAAUGAAUUUGAAAUUCCUCAAACGCUGUCUGAUACUCAUAAUGGUUAUUUAAACAAUUAUCAACCAUCAUCCAACCCAUUAUCUCCGAUGAUCACAGAGAAUAUAAGUAGAUAUAUAAUUCCUCAAGAACUACCUGAUUCCAGUGGUGAUUUGAAAAUUUAUCAACCAUCAUCCAACCCAUUAUCUCCAAUGAGCACAGAGAAUAAUAUAAGUAGAUAUAUAAUUCCUCAAGAACUACCUGAUUCCAGUAGUGAUUUGAAAAUUUAUCAACAAUUAUCCAAUUUACCAUCUCCAACAAUCAAAUCAAAAAAAGAGAUUAUUGAUAAGAUUAUUGAUAAAAUUAUAAAAGAAAAUUUUAAUAUUUUGAGUUUCACCAAACGUAAGGAGGUAUCAAACAAUAUCCAAAAAUCCAUUGAAGAACAGAAUGUAACUUCUUUGGAAAUUCUCAAUGAAUUGAUCAGUAUACAAGAAGCAUCGCCUAUUUACCUAACUUUGAUUGGUUUUUUUUAUUACGUGGGCAUAGGUACUCCAAUCAAUAAAGUUGAAUCUUCUAAAUAUUUUGAAAAAUCCAAUAAUCUUAAAGAGCCAACCGGUCAAGCUUGGUUAGGUCACCUUUAUGAAAAUGGCGAAGUUGGUGCAGAAGGUAGACAAGAUAUUAAAAAAGCGUUUGAAUUGUAUUUGGAUUCUGCUAAUCAAGAUAAUGCAUUUGGACAAUAUCGUGCUGGAUGUUGUUAUUCAAGUGGCAAAGACUCAAGCCAAACCUCGACUAGAACUUCUAGAGAAAGACCGCCUAAAGAAAUUGGCUGA